UUAGAGUAAUAAUGAUACAUGUGUGUCGUCUAGGCGAAUAGGUGGAGAUUACCUCACCGUACUGUCAUGUCUUCGGUCGAGUGUUCAUGGCUUCGGCCCUAUGUGAGGGUUCUCUCCGGUUCAAAGAAAGUGUAUCUCAAUGUCGUAAAUUUCGUUCGUAUCCUAUUUAGAGGAUUUGUUGGGCGUUAAAAAAGAGUAAUAAUAGAUCACGUGAGUUGAAAUGUCCGCUAAACGGUGGACCAUUUAUACCCUCUUUAAUUGGAGCGUAUCAUCAUCAUCACUCCUCACUUUCGUCUUUUACUUUCCUCCUCAUUUUCACCGACAGUUGUUAUCCGAAAUGACCGGCGGAAUUGAAUUCUUCUUCGAUCUGAAAAACAACACUCGGAUUCCAUCUGUUGGUCUGGGAACAUGGCAAUCGGAACCUGGUCUUGUUGGCCAAGCUGUCUAUACCGCCGUCAAGGUUGGGUACCGCCACAUUGAUUGUGCACAAGUUUAUGGCAAUGAAAAGGAGAUUGGUGUUGCUUUGAAGAAGCUUUUCGAUGACGGUGUAGUGAAGCGAGAAGAUUUGUGGAUCACCUCCAAACUCUGGUGUAACAAUCAUGCACCAGAAGAUGUGCCUGUAGCAUUGGAAAACACUUUGAAAGACUUGCAGCUUGAUUACAUUAACCUGUACCUCAUCCACUGGCCUGCAAGGACAAAGAAGGGAACAGCUGGAUUCAAACCCGAAAACAUGAUUCCAACUGAUAUACCUGCAACAUGGAAAGCACUGGAAUCAUGCUACGAUAAGGGCAUGACUCGAGGUUUAGGCGUUAGCAACUUUUCUUCGAAGAAAUUAGGUGAUUUAUUAAAAGUGGCGCGUGUUCCACCCGUUGUGAACCAGGUGGAGUGUCACCCUUCAUGGCAGCAAACUAAAUUGCGCGAAUUUUGUAAAUCUAAUGGGGUCCAUCUUUCUGGAUAUUCGCCACUUGGUUCUCCGGGCACAAAAUGGCUCAAGAGCAAUGUUCUGCAGCAUCCGAUUCUGACAUCGGUCGCAGAAAAAGUAGGCAAAACUCCUGCACAGGUGGCGCUCCGGUGGGGUUUGCAGAUGGGUCAUAGUGUACUUCCCAAAAGUACAAAUGAAGCAAGAAUCAAAGAGAAUUUCGAUGUCUUUGAUUGGUCUAUUCCUGAUGCCUUGUUUGAAGAGAUGUCUAAAAUUGAGCAGGCGAGGCUUGUUCGGGGGGAUUUUCUGGUUAAUGAUAGUUAUGGCGAGUAUAGGAGCGUUGAGGAACUCUGGGAUGGUGAGAUUUGAAAGCUCGAGUUGACUUCAUUAUUCAUCAAUCAUAGAUGAUUUCAGUUUCUGCUUUGACUUUAAUCUAGAAGUCUGGUUUGUUUUGAUCCAUAUCAAGAUAUUAUAUUUGCAAUAUAUGUUAAAUGCUGUAACUUUUGGAUAGAUAUGGAUAGUUUAAAAGGAUUAAUAUUUGUAUCA